AUGGGCUUUUUAUCAACUGUAAAUGGACUUCUUUAGUAGGUUUAAUAGUGAGCUUUUCCCCGAACGAUGCCGUUUUGACCAGAGACGAUCAGACGAACGCGUUCCGGCUUCUUCUCGUCGAGUUCUGAGGUAAAAGUAGGAAGAAGAAGCAUAAGAGAGAGUAAGCAAAGACUGAGAAUGGAAAGCUUGGACACUAAUUUUCCUGUGCGCCAUAGAAAUAUCUCCUUUGAAAGCAAGGGAAACAAGACAGAGAUUGUGAUUUGCAGCUAUGAAGAUCAUAUCCUUGUCAUAGCAACACAGAUUGGAGCCAUGGGAACUAUAUUGCACGCAAGGAAGGAAGAGGGCAUGUCAGUUGAACCAACAUUUAGUGUUUCAGUGAUAUUUGGAAAGCGAGACGAGCCAAUGCUGACAGCAACUGCUCGAAGACUCAUUGAACACAUAAGUUCUAUUGUUCCCUCGAAGCCUCUGGUUCUCUCACUUGGUCUCAAAGAUCAUUCUUCGGAGACAUUGAAGGAAAUAGUAGCGACGGUGAUUGAGAAUCGCCUUUGGUAAUACAUAUUGUUGUCCAGUUAAAGGAUAACGAAAAUUUGUCUUAUAUUUUGUUCUUGGUUGAAAUAAUGAAUAAGGAGUUGUGGAAUCUUUUCUUGUUAAUACAGAUAACAUUGUUUUUGAGAUAGAAAGUUAACCACAA